CUAUAGCCAUAAACCCUACACCAAAAAUCUUCAUUUCCUUGCCAAAACCUUAAAACCCUAAAAAAUGUCUUUCUCUAAACCCACAACUUUCCUAGCCCACCUCAAAACCCUAACCACCAAAACUCCUCUCCACCACCGCCACGCGUCACCAUCCCACACCAUCUCCGUCCGCUUCCUCUCCUUCUCCUCCCCAGAAGAAGCCGCCGCCGAACGCCGCCGCCGCAAACGCCGUCUCCGCAUUGAACCCCCACUCUCUUCCCUCAACAGAAACCAACAACAAACCCAACAAAUCCCUAAACCCAUCCAAAACCCUAAUGCCCCAAAACUCCCUGAACCCAUUUCCUCUCUUACUGGCAACCGCUUGAAUCUUCACAACAAGAUUCUAACCCUAAUUCGUGAAAAUGAUCUUGAAGAAGCUGCACUUUAUACCCGCCAUUCGGUUUAUUCAAACUGUAAGCCCACAAUUUGCACUGUUAAUGCUGUGCUUAAUGCGCAAUUACGCCAAUCAAAGUACUCUGAUUUGCUUUCUUUGCAUAGGUUUAUCACUCAGGCUGGCAUUGCUGCAAAUGUGAUCACUCAUAAUCUAUUGUUUCAAACGUAUUUAGAUUGUAGAAAGCCGGACACGGCACUAGAAUAUUAUAAACAGAUGGUUAAUGAGGCUCCUUUGAGCCCUUCACCAACGACUUAUAGGAUUAUGAUUAAAGGGUUGGUAGAUAAUGGGAAGUUAGAGAAGGCUUUGGAGUUGAAAGAUGAAAUGAUUGCGAUUAAAGGUUUUUCACCAGAUCCGGUUAUUUAUCAUUAUUUGAUGGUGGGUUGUGUGCGGAGUGGGGAUUCAGAUUCGGUUUUUAGGCUUUACGAGGAGCUGAAGGAGAAGAUGGGAGGUGAGGUUGUGGGGAAUGGAGUUGUCGUUUAUGGGGGGUUGAUGAAAGGGUAUUUUAUGAGAGGGAUGAAGAAGGAGGCGAUGGAGUGUUAUGGUGAGUUUUUGAGGGAGAAUUUGAGGGGCAAGUGGAGUGCGGUUGCGAAUAAUUCAGUGCUUGAUGCAUUGUGUAAGAAUGGUGAAUUUGAUGAAGCAUUGAAGUUGUUUGAGAGGAUGUUAAGAGAGCAUAACCCGCCAAAGAGUUUGGUUGUGGAUUUGGGAAGUUUUAAUGUUAUGGUUGAUGGGUAUUGUUUGGAAGGGAGGUAUAAGGAUGCCAUUGAAGUUUUAUUGAAAAUGGGUGAUUAUAGGUGCAAUCCAGAUACUUUGUCAUUUAAUAAUUUGAUUGAUCAGCUGUGCAGCAAUGGAAUGCUGGUUGAAGCUGAGACAGUUUAUGGAGAGAUGGAUGGAAAGGGGGUUAAACCAGAUGAGUAUACUUAUGUUCUAUUGAUGGAUACUUGCAUUAAAGAAAAUAGAAUCGAUGAUGGGGCGGCUUACUUUAGGAAAAUGGUUGAAUCAGGGUCGAGGCCGAACUUGGCAGUUUAUAAUAGAUUGGUUGAUGAGUUGGUUAAAGUGGGGAAGAUUGAUGAAGCAAAAUCAUUUUAUGAUAUGAUGGUGAAGAAACUCAAGAUGGAUGAUGAGAGCUACAAGUUUAUGAUGAAGACAAUGAGUGAUGUCGGGAAAUUGGAUGAGGUGCUUAAAAUGGCUGAAGGAAUAAUUGAUGACGAGGAAGCUGAGUUUAGUGAGGAGCUGCAGGAGUUUGUUAAGGGAGAAUUGAGAAAGGAUGGGAGAGAAGAAGAGUUAACAAAGCUUUUGGAAGAGAAAGAGAGGCAGAAAGCUGAGGCUAAGGCCAAAGAGGUCGAGGCAGCUGAGGCUUCCAAGAGAAGUGCAAAAGCUGUCAUCAACUCUCUAAUUUCACCCAUUGGAAAAAAGGAAGCUGAGACAGAGUCCGGAGCUAAUGAGAAUGCCAUUGAGGCGUCCUUGGCUAACAAAGGGCAUGCUGAGAAAGGAGAAAGCGUUGAGGAAGCUACUAUUGCAGAGUUUUCUCCCACUCAUGUAAACACAGAGGAGGGAGUAAAUAAAGGUGAUGAUUCAGAUGAGACUGAGGCUCAAAGUGAUGGUGCAACUGGGCAGCAGGUUGCUCCUUGAAAUGGUAAAACUUUUGCGCUUCAUCUCACGCACAUGAAAUAGUUUUGAAGUGUGAGGCUGAUCUAUUCUUAUGUAAUUAAACAUGUUGGGAAAUAACGAUGAUUUAUUUGCCUAUCCUUAUUGUACUGUCUGCUGUUUCUCAGAGUUUGUAGAGCUGAUCCAUGUUUGGUCGAUUUCUCUUU